AUAUGGAUUCUUCUUCAAGAAUAGAAGAGACAACGCCUUUAUUAUCUCGGGCAACUGGUCAAAGAACCUCGAGAUAUAAAAAGAAUUCACCUAAACUUAUCUAUGGUUAUGUACUUGGUGUCUUGUUUGCCUUUAUGGCCUUGAUUUAUUUCAUUCGCAGUACUUUGCCUACACCUCUUUCUGACGUUGAAGCACGCGAAAAGAACGGGUUUGCCGGUAUUCAUUGCUAUAACGAAUACUUGUCACAUUUCAAUGCACCCCAUUCUGCCAACCAAAGAGAAAAUGGCUAUCUCAAAGAUUGGAUUGUUAAAUUAGCACAUGAAUUCAAAGCAGAAGCAAACAAUAAUGGUAUUGAGAUGGAUAUCAUUGAUCAAGAUCCAACUGAUAUUGUUACUAAGCGAAAUAAAUUCAGCGCAGAUGAAUACUGGCUAGUAGAAUCACGCAACGUCAUGAUUCGACUCGUAGGACAAUCAAAUAACAAAAACGAAUCUUUUCUUGUCAAUGCUCAUUACGAUAGUGUAUCUACAAGUCAUGGUGUAACUGAUAAUGGUAUGGGCACGGCAGUUGCUCUUGAAUUGCUCCGUUACUUUGUACAACAUCCUCCCAAAAACACAGUGAUUUUCCUUUUUAAUAACUUUGAAGAAGGCGGUUUGAUUGGUGCUGAUGCGUUUGUACUUCAUCCUUGGUUCUCUACGAUCAAGUUGUUUGUCAAUUUGGAGGGCACAGGUGCUGGUGGUCGAGCUAUUUUGCUUCGUAGUAAUAUUUUGUCUGCUGUUCAAGGGCUGGCCUCUUCAAAUGCUGGCUAUUUACAUGCUUCUCCUUUGGGUAAAGAUUUACUCGAUGCUAAAUUGCUCAAGAGUGAUACAGACUACACUGUGUUUUCUAAAUAUGGUGUUCCUGGUCUUGAUAUUUCAUUUUAUUAUCCUCGAUCCCAUUAUCACACACAAAGAGAUGAUUUGGCACAUACAACUCCCCAGUCUUUGCAACAUAUGGGACAAAUGGCUUUAGGAUCUGUACUUAGUAUUGAUCAAAGCGAGAGCAUCAUACAAAAAGCAGGUAAACCUGAGCCUAUCAUUUACUACGAUAUUCUGGGCCGUGUUAUGCUUGUCUAUAGCUUUUUCACCUGUCAAUUGCUAAAUGUACUGUCACUUGUGCUUAUUCCUUUGGGACUUUUCACUUGGUUUUGGUUCUCUACUAACAAUGGAGGUCAUGUAGACGCCAAAAGAGUGGCAUUAAAACAUAAUCUUUGGCUUAUUGGACAAGGUCUCCUUUCUACUCUCGUUGCUCUUGUCUCUAUGGUUGUGUUUGUUGCUUUCUUUUCUUGGAUCUUAAUGUUGAUCAACCCCUCUGCUACUUAUGGAUCUACUUAUUUUGUCACUGUUUAUUUAUUUGCCGUUUCUUUCUUGGGCCUUGUCUUGUCUCAGUGGAUCUUGACCAAACAUUCAUUCAUGUUGGAAGAGAGUUUGAAUACGACACAAGUUGGAUUCUAUGGAUUGACGACGUUUUGGUGGUUGUUGCUUUUAGCAGCAACCAUAUUGGCUACUCAAAAGAUGGCAACUACUUAUUUUGCCAUUUACUUCUUUAUCAGUAGUUCUUUGGCUACUGUAUUACUCACAGGCACUAUGCCUUCCAAAACAGAAGAGGACAGUGAUGUGGCUAUCAAUGGCAGUCGUUAUUGGUCUUUGGCUUUCUUGAUCCAAGUCUUGUUGCCAGGCACAUUGUUGACUGAAUUCUUAUUUUUGGUGAUUGAUUCAAUGCGUCAUACAAGUGCCGAUGGCACUCCUGAAUGGGCUAUUUAUGGUCUAUUGGCUACUCCAAUUGUGUUGAUUGUCCUUCAUUUAUUGCCUUGGGCUCAAGCUGCUGGUGAAUUACGCACAACCACUUUCUGUGCUUCCAUUGUGUUUGUAGUCAUCAUGAUGGUUUGCUUUAUCGCUAGUCCCUUUAAUGAUGACAGCUCACCUAAUCGUAUUGUCUUUAACCAAGAAUACAAUGCUUCUGAAGCUCUCUCUACUGUUACUUUAAUUACUGGCUCGACUUUUGGUGUACUUGAGAAGAUACUCAAGAAAGUAUUACCCUCUUCUGAAUAUGACACGGUUCAUUGCGAACCCUAUUUGACAUACCAGACCCGUUGUAGUUACCAGACAUUAUUGACACCUGUCUAUGCUCGACAUCCUAGCAAGGAAAUCAAGAUUUCUUAUUUGCCUUCUGCAUGUCAUGAAGGUAUCUGUAAACUCAAUAUUACUACGCAAGUUCAGAAUAGCUUGUUGUGUCAACUCGAGUUUACUAACCCCAAUAUCCGUGAUUUACAUGCUUGGUUAAACGGUCAUUAUGUAGAGCCCAAAGGAGACAACAGUAUCCAUGCAUUGACUGUUUACUCAAAAGAACAAGCAAGCACAGUUGUUUGGGAUAUUUCAUAUAAUGCAGAUCAAGAUGAUGUAGGAAAGGCUAUAUUCAGCUGCAUUUAUGAUGAAUGGACAGAAGGAGAACUACCUGCUUUUACAACACUCAGAGAUAACAUGCCUCAUGAUGCCUUAUUGACCAUCAAAGGAGGCGUUGGACUAGCCAAAGUACACUAUACUCCUGCUGUUUCUUUAUAGUAAUACUAUUUUUUUUUAUUCUAUGUCACAUUUAUUUCUUUGCCUUGUCUAAUUGUUCUUGCUUCCAUAAUGCUUGCAA